AUGCCAAAUGUCUGUGAAAGUGACAUUGCCUCGGCCCACAAGUAUCGCGAGAAAUUUUGCCAAAAUUGUGAGGCACUUCACAAUUUGGAUCUAAUCUCUCCAAACAUGCACUUACACUUCCACCUGCAAGACACCAUUUGCGACUUUGGACCUGUAUACGGUUACUGGUUGUUUAGUUUUGAACGAUAUAACAGUAUCCUGAAAAACAUAAAGUCCAACAGGAAAACUGGAUUCGAGUUAACAUAUGCAAGACAAUUCGUUGAGGAUGUUCAUAAACAAGAUAUAAUUAGCCGCAUUAUGGAAUCUUCCGAUACUCGUGCAUACAUGGAUAUCUUUCAAAAAAUCACAAAAUAUCAACAAAAAAUAGCAUCAACAAUAACUUCAUAUUCUCACUUCUUCUUUUCACUCGCCAACUUUAUCACUGCUACACUGGAAGUAUCGAUAUUGAUUAAAGGCAACGAACCUCUCCCAUCAACUGCAUUUCCUUUGGCAAAGAAGUCCUUGUCACUAAUGCCAACGCCUGGAUACAACUGCCUCAUUGAAUACUACCAGGGCAAGUUUAUAAGGGAUGUAAUGGCAAUGGACGUGGUUCGUACAUCCAAGCUUUGUUUCAAGAAAAUAGGACCCAUGCGCGUUAUGGCUAUGUCGGUGAAAUUCAAUACAUCUUUGUGCACACAUUCUCCCCAUCAACAGCCACUCUCCCAUCAACUUGCUACAACAACCAACAUACCUUUGCUUUCGUCAGAUGGUUUAAAGCAACAUCAGAUACGUGCAGACAACUUUGAGGCAUUGAAAUCUACCACGACAACUUCUACUAAUUAG